AUGCGCCGCCUGCUGCUGCUGCUGGCCGCGGCCGCUGCCGCCCCCACUGCCCCGUCCACUCCUUCCACUCCCGCAACCCCUUCCAACCCCGCUGCUCCCGCACGUUUCUCCACCCCCGGUACAUCCGCCGCCCCGCAAGAAGCGCCCGCGCAAGAUUUCAUCCCCACUGGCACCGUCGACCCCGUAGUUCCCAUGCUUCUCGUGCUCCGCUCUGCGUGCGACGCGCGCGACCCCUCGUUCUUCAACUCGAGCGCACUUCAAAGCUACGCAUUGGCAGCGGGCCGCGCCUUAACACUGCGCGGUCCCUUUCGUAUCCUCAGUUACAAUGAGACGUGCGGCCCGGGAUGGCGUCUGUGGGUGACGCGUGGGAUACUGGGGGCGCUGGGCGCAGGGGAAGCGGCGGUGUGCGCGGGGCGGGGGCGGGCGGGGGUGGGGGCGGGGGAGUGCGGCGCGCUGGCCGCCGCCGCGCGCGCGCUGCGCACGCCGCAGCCGUCCGCCUGCGCCGCGGCGGCCGCCCGCGCGGCUGCUGUAGCCUUGCUUGCCACUCGCUUGCACUGGCGCAGAGUGCUCCUUCCGCCGAGUGCGCAAGGCGGCGAGUGCGCGACCGCAAUGCUGGCAGUGGCUCUCGAGUUAACAGCAGCAGGCCUGCUCGUUAGCCGAGCACCACUCUCGCAUUAUAAGCAUGAUCAUCAUUCACACGCUGUGAUUUUGUGCUCUUCGAACGUGGAUUCCUUGCGCUGGCUACACGGCGGAGCAAGCGCGCCGGCGGUACUCCUCCUGCAUCUCGCGCUCGACGAUGACCUUACUGUGAUACAUGACGCACAUGUUCCCUUAGAUAUAAGGAACCAAAACUCUGUGUCAACUUUAGAAUUAGUACAUACGGCCGUCGGUCAGUUACCUCAUUUUGAGAAUUUAAGCAAUAAUAUUUACACUUCGUCUCCAGUAACAGAAAGCACUAUUGAUCAAUAUUACGAAAGGGAUAAACUUGACUCUUUACAAAAAACGAAAGCAAUAAUUAAGAGAAAUAAAAUAAAUUCCAGCCUGUAUCAUAACUUUAAGAAAAGCAAUGGAAAAGGUGUAAUAGAAAAAAAAUCGCGUUUAUUUUUAGUUCGCCGCAGACGCCAAUCGUCAGGCAGUCGUCGCUUGCGACGAAGCGUCAACUCUGAAUGGUUAAACAACGCUAAUGGAGUUCGUCCGCUGAUUCUCAGCGACGUCAGCCUAGAAUUCGAAUCCAAAACGUACUCACCGAAUACCAUAUAUGACGAAGUACUAGACGCCGUCGAGCGAUAUGUGGAAGCGGCAAAGACAAGAAUCGAAAUCUCCCGACAGACAUACUUUCUAUAUGAGAGUGCAACCGAUUUGAGAACGUGGACCCCGGUAGUGACGUUAGCUACGAGCUCCGUGCGUUCGCUGGAUAGUUUCGAGGAUUGGGUGACGGUAGUUAACGUGAUAGACCCCGGCGGCAAGUUUGGACGUUGGAGCACGGCGUUGGCAGAACGAUCGAACAUCGGCUCGGGUGUGGUGGGUGUGGCGAGCGCGUUGGGCGUGUGCGGUACGCUGGCGCUGGUGGUGGGCGGGGCGCUCGCCGCCCGGCGAGCGGUGCGCCGCCAGCGCCCACAAGGUGCCCCAGUGCUGAGCGUGGGAGACUUCGCGUUCCCAGGCGAGGAACUGCGCGUGGGCGACGGCAUGCAGAGCAUGGUGUCGUGCUGGCUGCAACAGCUGCACGAGUUCGGCGGGCCGCACCCCGCGCACUCGCCGCGCCGCACCUCCGCACCCUCUUCCACGUGCAGCGUCUCCCGGCUGCCGCCCGACCGCCGCACCAGAUAUAAGGGAGAUCCGGUACACAUGAAGUACCUACCGGUCGCCGGCUCGCUGGAGCUCAAGCGGAAGGCUGUUGACGUCCUUCUCGUAAUGCAAGGCCUUCGCCACGAAAACCUCAAUCCAUUUAUAGGAUGCCUGGCGGAGGCACGUCCAGCGCUGGUGUUUGAGGCGUGCGGGCGCGGCUCGCUGGAGGACGUGCUGGUGGCGGACGACAUCCGGCUGGACUGGACGUUCCGGCUGUCGCUGCUGACGGACUUGGUGCGCGGCAUGCGCUACCUGCACGCGUCCCCGCUGCGCGCGCACGGCCGCCUCAGCUCGCGCAACUGCGCCGUCGACUCGCGCUGGGUGCUGCGCGUCUCCGAUUACGGACUACCGCCCUUCGCGCAAGCCCAGGGUCUUCCGUUACCCCAUCGCUCCGCUCGAGAACUGCUGUGGACGGCGCCGGAGCUGCUACGCGAAUCACGUGGCGCGGGCCGCGGCUCGCCCGCCGGCGACGUGUUUUCCUUCGGCAUCAUCAUGCAGGAGGUGAUCGUGCGCGGAGAGCCCUACUGCAUGCUGGCACUCACACCCGACGAGAUCGUGGAGAAGCUGUGCCGGCCGCCGCCACUGAUCCGUCCAUCGGUAUCGAUGGGCGCGGCGCCGCCCGAGGCCGUGGGCGUGAUGCGCCAGUGCUGGAGCGAGGCGGCCGACCUGCGUCCCGACUUCAACCGACUCUACGACGUAUUUCGCCACAUGCACCGCGGCCGAAAAAUCAAUAUAGUCGACUCCAUGUUCGAGAUGUUGGAAAAAUAUAGCAAUAACUUAGAAGAACUUAUAAAAGAAAGAACAGAGCAAUUGGAUAUGGAAAAGAAGAAAACCGAACAGCUUCUUAAUAGAAUGUUGCCAAGAUCAGUUGCAGAGCGGCUGAUGUUGGGCUCACGCGUGGAGCCCGAGGAGUUUGAGGAGGUGUCCAUCUACUUCAGUGACAUCGUGGGUUUCACGGAGCUGGCAGCACGCUCCACACCCGUGCAGGUCGUGGACUUGCUGAACGACCUCUACACAACCUUCGAUGCCGCCAUCGAACAAUACCGCGUAUAUAAGGUGGAGACGAUCGGCGACGCGUACAUGGUGGUGGGCGGGCUGCCAGUGCGCGCGCACGACCAUGCGGAGAGCGUGGCCACCAUGGCGCUGCACCUGCUGCACCUGGCCGGCCGCUUCCGCGUGCGCCACCUGCCGGCGCAGCCGCUGCACCUGCGCAUCGGCCUGCACUCCGGGCCCUGCUGCGCCGGCGUCGUCGGCCUCACCAUGCCGCGCUACUGCCUCUUCGGCGACACCGUCAACACGGCCUCGCGCAUGGAGUCUACCGGCGCGGCGUGGCGCAUCCAGGUGUCGGCGGCGACGGCGGCGCGGCUGGCGGCGGCGGGCGGCUACCGGCUGCGCUCGCGCGGCCUGCGCCACAUCAAGGGCAAGGGCGCCAUGCACACCUACUGGCUGCUGGGCAAGGACGGCUUCGACAGGCCGCUGCCCGUGCCGCCGCCACUGCAAUCCGAAGAGGUUCUGUUCGAGUCAGACGGUGAGAACGAUAGCGAGCGUUCUUGUGCCGAAGCUGCACCACUUCUUGACCAACCAUCUGCUGUAUUUACUGCUGAGGAAGACAGUAUAGUCAAAGUUGAGUGUAGUCUGGUAUGCGAGUAUACACAGUGUAGGAUGUGGUGGUGCACAGAGGCGGGCGGCGCGCGGGCGGGGCGCGCGGCCUGGGCGCGCUCGGGCGCCGCGUCCGCCGACAGCAGCCCGCCGCGCACCGCGCACCUCGCGCACCCUCGCUACAGGUGCCUGGCGGGCAGCACGCGCUCUCUUCGCCGCCAGUGGUCGCUGGAACGCGGCGACGUGUUGGCGGCUGCGGCGGCGGCUGCGGCAGACGCGGGGGAUGCGGGGCAUGUGGGGGGCGCGGGGCAGGUGGUGGGCGAGCCGCUGGCACUGCGCGUACCUCCGCCCCGCGCGCCCCUAGCCCGCUAUCGCACGCGCCCUGAGCCGCCGCUGCCAGAAGACGCACGGGUCUCCUAA